AUGACCGAACAGGCACAACCUCUCAAGACCUAUAGGGGCAAUUGCCAUUGUGCCGCCUAUAUCUUUGAGGUCAAACUACCCGAAAUCAAGUCUGCCGUCCAGUGCAACUGCGUAAUCUGCUCCAAGAAGGGCGCUUUGUGGCAGGUGCCCGCGCACGACAAUUUGACCUUUGUCAAGGGAGAUAUGGACACACUGUCCAGCUACAGCUUCGGUGGGAAGAUCAUGAAUCACAAGUUCUGCCCUCACUGUGGGACGAAUCUCAUGUGCAUGGGAUACAUGAGCCCUCCUAAACCGGGUGAUGAAACGCCGCCCCAAAUGAUUGUCAAUGUCCGGGCCAUUCAGAACCUCAACGUAUGGAGCUUAGAGCUCCGUCCUAUCGACGGCGCCGCGAUCCCUCCGACAUACGAACCACCCAAGUUCACCGGCCCCGAGCCGAGUGCUGACAUCGAAGGUGGCAAAACCUACAAUGGAAGUUGUCACUGUGGAGUUGUCAAGUUAGCCCUGAAGACCAAGCCGCUUGAUAAGGACUUCGACGCCAAUAUAGCUGAAUGCAACUGCAGUAUCUGCGGCAGACUGGGGUGUAUCUGGAUCUAUCCCAACGCCGACCAAGUCGUCUUUGAGGGCGAUGAAAACCUCACAAUUUAUAAAAUGGGGCUCGGCAUGUAUGGCAAGUCGUUCUGCAAGAUUUGCGGAGUGCCGAUCCACAACCGGCCAGAGACGCUCACUGAGGAGCAGAUUGCAGCUCUUCCGGAGGAGCCGCGGAAGUGGUUCACCUGGGGGAAGAACAUGAGCAUUAUCAAUGUCAGGGUACUGGAGGGGGUUGAUCUGAAGGAGCUCAAUGUCAAACAGAUGGACGGCUGGAACGCUGCCAAGCAGUCCUACGUCAACCCGUAG